AUGGAAACGCAUCCAUCUCCAUUUUCACAUGACGAGGGCUACCAGUCCCAUGUGGAACAUUUCCCCUAUGCACAGAUUACAAAGGAGAUGGCCCACGUUUCGAAUCCAGAAAGCUCUUUGGAAAAAAUUCUUAUGGCGCUUCCAAAACUUGACCUUCAUUUCCACCUGAACGGAAGCAUUUCACCUGUUAUUUUAGCGCACAUGAAGCGUCUCAGCACGCUGUCGUAUAAUAAAAUCAAUUCUGAAAACGUGGUCGAUCUCAAUGGCGGCGCCAUCCAAGAUGAACCUCCAUCAUGGGGAAACUCCGCACCCGAAUUGUCGAGCGUGGCGCCUUCCAUGCCGAAUUCCUCAUCCCUACCGAUGGGUUAUGCGGGGCUCAACGCUAAUAAAUUAAACCGUAUGAACCCCAAAGAUCGAAUGCUCACGUGCUUUAAGAUGUUUGACGAAGUUUACAGUAUUAUGACGAACUUGGCGUUCACGCGGCUUGCGGUGCAAGACAUCUUAUGGCAUUGUGCCGCUGAGAAUGUAUUAGUGGUGGAGAUACGUACAUCACUGCGGGAUAAACUGCGGUGGGGCAUUUUUCAACAAAAUCCAGCCGAGACGCGUGAAGCGAAGACGGAGAAUCCGGAGCAGGAACCCAGCAAGGAGGACUACCUGUGGACGGUUAUCGACACCGUGGAGCACCUCCUACAGGGCGGGGUUGUCGACUUCCAAACCGGCGAACUCUUCCCCUACCUCACCCAGUCCGACAUCCUCGACUACGCCAGCUCCCCCGGCGGUGCGGCUACGACGGAUGGGCCCCGGGCGCGAUGGUGGAGUUUUUUUAAGGCGCUUUACGGGGGCCUCCCCUACGCCCCAGUCCGUCCAUCCCGGCCUGGGGUGAGGCAAACCCCGAUGGACGGGGAUUCGGCCGUGGGGCUCUUCGAUCAUCUUCACCACGCCCUGUGCGAUCGUCUGCAUGUGCGGUUGUUGGUUUCGAUGAAUCGGGGGGGGCGGCCGAGGGGUCCUGGCAGGCGCUCGACCUCGCGGCCCGCAUCCAACACGCGCAGCUUCGCCGCUUUCACCGAUGGCUCUCCCACCCCCAGGGCCCUGCUGAGGAUAGGCGGGAUAAGAGGGAUAAUAGGGGAUAUAACACGGAAGAGGAGGAGAAGUGUAACAGGGAGGACGGAAGUAGUGUGGAAAAGGCGAAUAAGGAGGAGGAGGCCGUGUCGAGCCCGGGGCCGGGGACCCUUCCAAAGGAGACGGAGGGGGCCGCGUGGGCCCGGGCUUUGUUGA